GUUUUAAUAACUUAGACAAUUUCAUAUUUUGGAAUUUUAGCAAAUUAGGUGACAACGUAGUUUUCUAUCUAAUUUAACAGGUAUGUGGGUCAUCUUUGGGAAAUUUUAAUUUCAAUUAUUGUGUCACUCUAUUAUUUUUCUGUCUUCACACUUUUUCCCUCUAGGCCACUUUGUAUAUGGGUUAGAAUUUUCUCCUGGUGCAACAUUACACUACUUCAUAUAAUAAGAUAUAUAUAUAUAUAUAUAUACACAUGAUCCUUAAAAUCUGGGUCGUAGGUGGAGGUUGGUUCCAGCAGCAUCGAGCUCUGAGCCAGGCCUAAUCAGACAAGAAGAAGCCAAACCUCUUUUUGGUGUGUGUCUCCCAAAUCCCAACUCAUAAACAGAACCAAAGUUUAAACACUAAAAUUAACUAUUCGCACGGCUUCCAUUCCAUUUGUCUCAUGGAAUACACUGCCACUUUUAAAUCUAACAGAAGAACAGCAGUUCUAAGAAACUACUGUUGAGAAUCAAAGACAAGUGGACAACGGGUUCGGCCUUUUAAGAUGGGAUGCAUAUCUUCGAAAGUCAUGUCCAGAUCAAUCAGUUUUCAUGAGGGGAAAAACCAGAACUUGCACAGGACAUCCAAUGACAUUUCUGCGCUGGACAAACUAAUCAUGUCUGGUAAUGAGAGUGACCAUAGCCUUGCUCUUGUUUGCACUGCUAACAUGGUAAUCAACACACUCCAGUCUUGGGAUUUCAAUUCAAACACAUGCCCCAAGCCAGCUAUUGAACCUGUUAAUUCUGAGAUUGACACAUCAAAGUUGAGGGCGAGUCUAGAUCAAGGAGAGGUAAAACAAGCACAACCAGCACCAGAACAAGUGGGAUCCAUUGAUGCUCAUCUUACUAGGCGGUCUAAAAGUUGUCAUUGGUUUGAAGAGCAUGAGUUCUCCUCGUUUGCUCUUGAGAUUUCUGAUGGGAUUAGAGAAGAUAAACCUUAUUGGAGUCACAAGUGUAGGAUACGCAAUAGGAGUUUCCACACAGUUGAGGAAUAUGACUCAAUGUUAGAAAAGAUAUCGUCUAGUGUGCUGCAAAGAGGGCUUGAUGGCAAGGAUCAUGGUUCAGGAACCAAGGAUCAUCUCCUUGGCUCCAAAUCUUCAUCAAAUAUCUCUCAUCAUGCCAAGGAUAAAGAGACUGGUUUGCAGGAAACAAAGCAAUCAAGCUUACAUGGUAAUGCUUUAGUACAUGAGAACACUAUGUUUAAAGAAACAGAAACCAAGGAGGUAACGCCAAGUCCUAACAACCACAGCUUAAGUUCAGAUCAAGAAAACCAACAAGUGACACCAAUUCCUCGUGCUGCUCAAGUUGGAAACAACAUUGAGAAAGGAUUUAAAAGAAAGGCCAUGGCCAAGGGGCUAGAAUCACUGAGAAUUCCCCCUUCCAUUGAAUUCCCAACAAUUUCAAGUCUUAGGGAAUGGCUUCAUGCUGGGGAUCAAGUAUACUCUCCUGGGUCCUAUGUCACCCCAAAGUUUGGUAACUAUGCUUUGCCAAUUCGAAGGAGUGUAGAUGAAAGCAGUGAGGACUACAUCUUCAAUCCAGAAUUGGUAACUGCCUUUGAACAAUGUAUGCAUGAACUUGAAGCAGAAGAAGAGAGCAUUCUCAAGCAAAUUGUGGAGAAUUUGGAGAAAGACUGUAAUGAAGUUAAGCAAGCCAAGGAAUAGAUCCUAUCCUAGAUAGAAGACUAGAGUGUGUAUUCCACAAUCACCCCAUUAGGAGAAACUGAGAAGUAUGCCAACCAGAGUGUGUAUUCCACUAUUUCAUCUGAAUUUUGAAAUUUUUGUGUUUUU